CAUGUUCGCAUUCAAGCUGUGCACUGUGUCUGCGGUGUGUGUGACCUGAUUUUGGGAUGGUCCAAAACGUUACACAAAGCUGUACUUACUAAAGGAAGCAGAGCAGAUUAGAAAACAAAGUGCAGCCUGCAGAGCUUUUUGCGAGCACCGUAAGAUUCAGGGGCUUCAUCUAUUCGUGAGUGUAACUGGGAAGAGUUUCAGCAUGUGCACUGAACACAGAGACCUGACGUGGACACUGAUGCUGCUGCUUCUGUCUGGUGUUCUCUGUGGAAAGUGGAACGUGGAUUAUCAACCGCUGAUCUGUGCAGUGAAAGGCUCAUCUGUUGUCAUUCCAUGUUCAUUUCAGUAUCCCCCAGCCAAGAAAAUAAAAUUUGUCAUGUGGGAUCAUGAAAACUAUGAUAUGUUAGGGCCUUUCGUAUAUGACAGUCGGUCAGCGGAUACCUCAUCAAAGUAUCAGUAUAUUGGUGACAAACAUCACAACUGUUCUUUAAGAGUAAAUCAAGUAGAGCACAAGGACGCAGGAACAUACAGAUUCAGAUUUGAAUCCAACUCCCGUGCUGGCAAGUGGACCGGUCAAGGAGGCUCAAUAUUAAAGAUAGUUGAUGCGAUUGCUGUGGUGAAAAGAACGAAUGGAGACACGGUGAAGGAAGGCGACUCUGUGACUCUGAGCUGCUCGUGGUGUGACGGUGGCGUCCCCUCGUCUGCUUUCGUCUGGCUCAAGAACGGAGAACCCUUCAGUGAAGGACCCUCGCUUUCCUUCAAAGACAUUUCCUUCGCAAACUCUGGAAACUACACGUGUUCCCUAAAGGCACACGAGGGAUCGACUUCAGGAGUCCAACAUGUCAAUGUUGAACACGGCCCCAAGAACACAUCGGUGUCUGUCAGACCGUCGACUGAGGUACACGCCGGCAGCAGCAUUACUCUCUCCUGCAGCAGCCACGCGAACCCCCCGGAGAUUUAUACGUGGUUUAGAAAAUACGAUGAACUCACUGUGAGGGUUGGAAACAAGUCUGAGCUGCACCUGAAGCAGGUUUCUCCUGCCGCUGAUGGCGAGUACCUGUGCAGCGCCACCAACAGACAUGGAGGACAAAACUCCUCUGUUGUGACUUUGAAGGUUAAAGCACACUCUCCUUACAGCACGUUUACCAGAAGCGCAAUUCUCAUCGCUACCGUUGCCGCUGUCACUGCACUUUUGUUUGUGACCGCUGUUGUGACCGCCGUCAGAAGACUCAACGGGAAAAGGACGAGAGCACCAGAGACUGAACCCGGGGAGGACGUGCAGAAUGCUGUCUACCUCAACUGGCCCGUGGUUGACAACAGUCAAGAGGGAAAUGGCUGUGAAAUUCUCUAUGCAGCUGUUGACUUCAACACUAAGAGAAAGACAAACAUGCAGCAACAGAUGGACUCUCGAAACGAUGACGAAGAAGUGAUUUACAGCACGAUUUACAGCCUGUGUGCAGGGAGCAAAACCGAACCCUUCAUACGUUGAAACUCGCUCACAAAACAACAAGCUCACGUUCGUUGCCGGGAGAGGAGUUUGAAUUAAUUUCGUCGUCAUCAUUGAUGCACCCACUGGCUGUUCAGGUGCUUUCUCCCAGCAAAUCAUAGAUGCUCUUGUGUCUUUUUUUUGGCCCAGUGAUAAUUCAUUUCCUUUUUGUAUUCUUAUGUUCCUUAUUUCAUGAAGUAAAAACUGUAAAUUUAAAAUGAAUGUGAGACAAUUCAAGUCUCUUUAUUUCUGUAACACGCCGUCAUCACGCUGUAAUUUUGAAUACAGUUUCUUCCCAAAUCUGCCUCCAUCCAGCGCCUCGCUGAUGGAUGUGCAUGGAAUAUUACACCGGCAUUAUUAAUACAGAAACAUUCAUCAUUAAUAACUAUUUAACCUUGCUUGGCAAAAUAGCUUUGACAUCCUUCCUGUACGCUGUAUCUGAGACAAUAAACAACUCUGCAAAG